AUGCCUUCCAAACCUCAGUUCGCUCUCUGCGAUCAGAACGCCGGCAUCUUCGCGGAGAUUUGCCGCAAGAACAGCAUCACCCACUGUUGGCUCCAAUGGAAGUUUGAGCUUGCCGUCCUCAACCAAACAACCUCACCUCUCACGAUCGACACCAAGAGUGAUCCACUCUGCGACCUCAAGAGCGGGGUGAACAAGGUCAUCUUCACCAUCGACUUCGAUCAGAAGAACCCCAACGUGAUCAACUACGUGAAGUUCAGCGAGUCCUACGACGACUGCGAAAAGAAGCAUUUCAUCGUGACCCGCACAUCGAUCGACCACGUCCACGAGGACACCGGAUGCAAUUUAUGGUUGGAGGUUCCCGCCCAUGCUCUCCACGAGGACAUCGGUGCCGUGGUGAGCCUGUGGAAGGUCGAAAUCUGCUGCGAUGGCUGGAAGGAUUUCCUCCCUGCUUGCCCUGUCACCCAGCUCGAGAAGGCGCACCGUGUCGUCUCCGCAGAGAACGUUGGUUGGCUGAAGAAGCAGCUGAUGCAAAGAGAGGGCCUUCUCAUUUACAAGGACAGGGAGUUGGCCACGAAGGCAAGGGACAUCGAGAAUCUCACGACGCAGAUCAGUGAGCUGAGCAUGCAGCUGGCCGAAGUGGAGCAGGAGCUGGAAGACAAUCUAGUGCGCGAUCUCGUUCCUGCUGGCAAGCGCAAAAUACUCACCCCAAAGAGCCGUGUUCGUAAGGUCCCGAGAACGGCACCUGCCAAGUCGCUCGCUACGCGUGCCAGUGAGAUUUUGCAGACGCCCACGAAGCGGUCAAGGUUCGUUCUGGAGGAAGAUGAGCACGACGACCCAUUCGGCUUAUGA